AUGUCUUUCACUUCCUCGCUUCCCAGCAGCACUGCAACCUCCGCAUCUACCUCAACACCAACAUGUAUUCGUGUAAAGCCCGAUAAGAACGGUUAUGUCCCAGAAUGGGCCUGCGAUUCUAAUUACAUGUACUAUCCUUCAUUCACCGCCGCAAUUGUAUUCUCCGUUGCCUUUGGCGUGUGCCUCCUCGUCCACAUCUUCCAAGCAUUCCACUACUCUAAGAAGAAGCUCUGCUGGGUCCUAAUCAUGGGCGUCGCCUGGGAAUUCGCAUCCUUCUCCAUCCGUGCAGCUGGAACCCGGCAUCAACAAAUCACAGCCCUCGCCUUCGCCUCCCAGAUCCUCGUCUUACUAGCGCCGAUGUGGAUCAACGCAUUUGUCUACAUGGUUCUAGGCCGCAUGAUCUACUUCUUCACCCCAGAACAGCAAGUUUUCCACAUCAAGGGCAUCAAGAUAGCCAAGAUCUUCGUGUGGCUCGACGUCCUGUCGUUCCUCACGCAAGUUGGAGGUGGUGUCAUGAUCGAGCCUAGCAGUUCGUACAAGACGCAGAUGUUGGGCAUACAUAUCUACAUGGGUGGAAUUGGCUUUCAGGAGCUGUGUAUUCUGCUGUUCGCUGCUAUUGCUCUUCACUUCGCGAUCACCAUGCGCCAACAUGAACGCUCACGGGGCAUCACUUCGUCGACGCAAAUCCUUGACGAUAAGCCACACAAUUGGCGCACACUUCUAUACGUGCUGUUCGCAGCGCUGGUACUUAUUACCAUCCGUAUCAUCUUCCGCAUGGUGGAGUUUGCAUCCGGUCUUGAUGCUGACAAGAACCCGAUUCCGUACCAUGAGGCAUAUUUUAUGGCGUUGGAUGCACUCCCAAUGUUGAUCGCAGGGAUUUUGUUCAACGUAGUGCAUCCUGGCAGGGUGCUGAGGGGUGAAGGGAGUGAGUUUCCGAAGGGGCCGAGUAGGAAGGAGAAGAAAGAGGCCAAGAGAAUCAAGAAGGAGGCGAAGGUGAUUGCAAAGGAGGAGAAGAAAGCUGCCACGAGAGGCGAGAAGGAAGUAGGUAGGGAGCGAGUGGAGAUGGUUUCAUUGGUGUGA